CUUUUAUUUUGGUUUUUCUUUCUUUAGCGGUCCACUCUGCGGCUUCGGGACACAUUCCAAAUGUCGUCUCUCAUACCGGCCCCCGUCCCUGCUGCCAUAUUGGUUUUCACACAGUCCCGGGGGGGGGGGCCCUCCCUGCCACCGCGGCGAUGCAGCUGUCACCUGUCAGUUCCUGGGUGGGGAUGCUCAUUGGCCCGUUGGGGCUCAGAAUAGAACCGGGCGAGGUUUCUCUCACAACGCCGAGCCUCUCCCGAGAGGAUGAGCGGGGCGACCGGGGAAAGCGGCCGUGACAACCGCGCGGGAAUGUGGCGUUUGUGUGCCCGGAGGUCACAGGGGGCCGUUUGUCGAGGGGACUGACUGCCCUCCGGAGGGGGUGGGAGGGGUAACCGAAUGGACGACCAGGACAGAGUGAGCCAGACAUCCAGCGUGGCCACCAUUUCCUACUUUCCCGUCAGAAAGAGUGAAAGUGACGGAAAGGUGCAAACAUUCGGGAAGAGAUGUCUUGCUGCCAAGAGAGACCCCAAUUGUCCUGUAGUCAUCAGAGGAUGGCUCAACAAAAAGGACAGCUCUGGUUUGAAGCUUUGGAAGAGAAGGUGGUUUGUCCUCUCCAACUACUGUCUGUUUUACUAUAAAGACAGCAGAGAGGAAUCCGUGCUGGGCAGCAUCCCACUCCCCAGCUACAAAAUCCUGUUCUGCACACCCCGAGAAUGCAAGAGCAGGAAGUUCACCUUCAAGGUGGUGCACCAGGGAAUGCGCUCUUACUUCUUCAGUGCCGACACUCAGGAGGACAUGUUGGGUUGGGUCCGAGCCCUCAGCCAGUCCGCCGCAAUGGAGCCAAACUGCUCCCUGAACAGGCGUUGCUCGAGUUAUCAGGAUUUCACGCAGAUCGGUGGCAGCAGUGAGUCUCUGGACUUCCCCAGAACCCCCUCGGAUGGAGCGGGUCGCUCCCAGAGACACAAACAUGUCAACAGGACCCUGAGCGAACCGAGUCGCCUCCCCGACGAGAGGACGGAGGAGCCGAGGGGGAGGCGGGGCCUGCGUCAGAGGAACAGCAGCAGAACGCCGAGCCCUGCGGAUUUCAGCAGAAGGAGAGCCUGCGACCCCCACCAAGAGGAAGACCUUCUCCCCCCCGGCCAAAUCACGCCGCCGCCUGCGCCGACGGAGAUGAUGGGAGCGGGUUCGCUGACCCCGAGGGGCCAUCUGGGGUCACGACCCCACACCCCGGUGGGAAGGGUGGACAUUCGACCUUGCGAUGACGCGGCCACGGCCCUGCCGACCAUCUACUACGCACCCGCCUCGCCUAACCUGGAGUUCAAGUCCACCCCGAGCACCCCGGUCACGGAGAGGUGGCCCAAGCUGUGCAAGCCUACGCCGACCUACGGGUCCGUGCAUCACACACCGGGGGGGAGGCGACACUCGGGAAAGGGCUCAUCCACGGGGCCGCACGCAGACGCACUGCCCCCUCUGCCCCCCUCAUCGAGAGCCGCACAUGCUCCCCAACACCCCCCCCACCACCACCACCACCACCACCACCAUCACCACCACCGCAGCAACGUGUCCGUUUGUGUGCUUCCGCCAGCCGCCCCAAAUCCUGACCCGAGGGAAACCCCACCGAUCCGGCCUCUUGAGAGCGACGCAGACGUUUUGUUGACGCGGUUAUGUGGGUGUGACAAGCUGCUCCAGUCUCUUUCUGAAGAACUGGCCCAGCUGCAAAUGGAUAAGGACAGCGUCGAGUGUGCGUUAGAUGUGUCCAGACUUCAGCUGGAUGAGUGGGCGAGCCGGGGGCCCAGGGCCCAGGAAGAAGCCGUGACCCAGAAGGCCCUGCUGCAGGAAGACCUGGUCACAAUCCGGGCUCGAAUGUGUGACGUGUCAUUGGAAAUGGAGAGGGUGUGGAGUCAAUACGAGCGAAUGGAGAGCGAACUGGCGGUUAUCCGUUCCCACCUUCAGCACAUCUGUAGCUUUGGAAUGCCACAGGACCAGUCUCAGGCCCAGAGAGAGCUGUGGAUGAUGGAGGACAUCCUCACUGGACUCAAGAUCAAUAGGGAUCACUUCCGCUUCCUCCUGGGACUCCAGAGGACCCACACCCCAGCGUUCCAGCCGACGUCCCCACAUCCUGCGUCCCCAGGGUCUCCCACUGGGAGGCCGCAGAGAGGAUUCCCAAUGGAGGCGGAGCAAGAGCCACCGCUCCGCCCACCGUUACCCCAGGAGCUGCAGGAGAGCCUCCUCGGGAGGGGGCGAGGCCCGGGCCGGACAGAGUCCCCAUACGAGGGAAUCUACGGCCACACUUUUGAUCCUGUACAGAGAAAAGGAAACAGCCAGAUGGAUUUUCUUUAUAUGAAUAUUGGUUGGUGCAGACAUAUAAACAAGAAAUCUGGUUCAAAGUGGAUGCCACCAGAUACGAUGAAUCAAUCAACCAAGAAGAUGAAGAUGAGUGAAGAAGAGCAAAUUGAACGGAUGAAGAGGAAUCGGGAGAGGUUGACGAAUAGGAAGAAAGCUCCCGUACUCGCGCUAGGCCAAAGUUCAGCCCCAGGAGAGGAGGCCCCGUUUCCCCUGCGAGUGACACGGGUCGUCACAGCCGUCCUGCCAUCCUCCGCUGUGGCCAGACGCGUCUCUGUCGAGGACCCCCCGCCCGAACUGGACAACCCGUUGCCCGAGCAAAUGCCGCCGGAGACGCACCACAGCAUGUCGGGGCGAAGCGCGUCGAUAAAGCAACCCCGGGGCCCGCCGCCGGGGGGUCGGGAUCGGACGCAGACGCGCCACGAGGAGCCCGUGGUGAGGACAAAGAGACAUCAGGGAAUACUGAGGUCUUCCAAGAAGGAGAAACGCUCGGAGGCAAACAGAGCCGGGCCAACAGAGACCUCGAGGGACCGAGUUCAAGGCGACGCAGCUGAAGCACCAGGGAGUGAGAGCUCGGAUGCCAUCGUAGCAGAUGACCGGCGAGCCACCCUCCUGACCCCCGACAUGGACCCUGACCCCUGUCUGACCCCGGAGCAGCGAGAGGCCAAACUUCGUCGCGUGGAACGAAUACGAGAGAGAAUCAUAAGAAGUGCGGUCAGACAGAGAGAUGCUGCACUCCCUCAGCUGCCAAUCAGGGGGGAGGGGCAGGAAGCUCAUCAGGUGACCCCCGACGCAGCGAGAAAACAAAGGAUGAAAUCAGACCAUAGAUCCUAUGGAAGCUGCGAUCACAUCAGAGGUUCUGCAGAGCUUCAGCCUUCUGGUGGAAUACCUCAGAAUGGAGAUGAAAGAGAUCAAGUCAAAUGUGGGGACAAAACGCAAGACAAAGACCACAGCGUGAGAACAGGCGUCGCCAGGAAUAAAACCAAACGCCCAGCUUCCCCCUACCACCUCUCCUCCAUGACCGUCUAUCAGAAAGAUGGAGGCAAAGGGCUCGCAAGUUGCACUGGUGUGGAGGAGCGAAAGCCCGAGGGUGAAGGCGAUUCGCCUUCCUCCGACCUGAGAGCCAAGUGGUUCCUCUCCUCCAACCAGUGGCAAGGGUUCGCGCCUGUGCAGAUCCCCGGCGCAGACGGGCGCGGCGAGGAGGCGUCAGGCGACGUGACCGAUUCCAACGAAAUGUCCUCGGCGGUCAGCGAGAGCCUGGAGAAAAUGAGAGAGAACCAUUCACUCUUCUACAAGAUUACAUGUGAUAUCGCCAUUUCAGACACAGAUAUUGCGACGGAUGACGGGAAACCGAACCCCCCAUGCAGGACCGACGAAGAAGAGCUGCAGAUCAUUGAAUCUGUGGACGUCCCUCCUGAGGAGCGCGAGGACGCCUCCGGGCGGGACAGACAGCCGGGUGUUGGAGACGGUGAGCGCGCGAGGUCAAGAGAAGCGCCACGCUCAGGGGAGGAGUCAGGGGAGGACACGGAGGAGGACCCAGGGAGGACCCGAGAGCCCGGAAAUGUCCCAGGUUAAGCGAGGACGGCGAGGAGGCGGCCCCCGAAGGAAGCAACGGCCGCCCCGCCAGGCCCUCCAGCUGCCUCUACGAGGGCGGGGGCGGGACUCGCAGCUCCUCUUUUGGGAACGCACGGGUGACGGUGCUGAGGACGAGCUUGUAGAUGCAGGAGCACCAACAAGCUCGUCUUGGGAAGAACAAGAAUAGAGUCAAGUGAUUUUUUUUGGGGAGGGGGGGGAAGACUGAAGAAGAGGAACAUAUAAUGUCAGAAAUAGUCCCAAAAUUUGAUAAACUCAUACAUUUCCAUUAUAUUAGGUCUGAAAAGGAUGCAAUUGUAGUAGAAAGUUUAACAAAUAUGUAUUUUUAAAGUAUUUAAAUCUAAUAUCUAUCCUGCAGGUUGUUUUUUGUUGGUGAUAAAGAUCAUGUGUAGUAUUAUUUCAUUCAUCCUAAAACAUCCAUCUAACACCGAAUUGAUGAGGAAUGCUGCUUGUGGACAUGUCAACAUAACCCAGUUGUCCCCGCAACGCCUAAUGUGUUUUGUAUCUCAAACACCCCGAUGAAUAAAAAAUACCCCGAAACACCGGCUCCGGGCUUCGUUUGUGCAAGAAACUCUCCAUUCAAAUAUUCCCCCCCCACCGUGGGCCGCAUAGGUUCUGCUCUCUGACGAGCCCUGAUGCAGAAUUAAACCGCGCCGGUAAAAAAGGCCUUUGUCACUUUAAAUCCUUGCCGUGUCUCUGUCGAUGACAUCAUUGUCUAAGAACACAUUACAUCACCCCUUCCCAGGCUCUCGCUCUCUUAAAGACAGCACCACCUUAUGUUUACUGGGCUACACACGCAUAUGCACCGAGAGAGAGAGAGAGAGAGAGAGAGAGACC